GUGCUAUAUGCCGUGGACAUGAAUCACAAAAAUUGAAUAAAUAGGCCCACAGACUGACCACACCACUUCAAUUAAUAACACCCAUUUUCUCUCUUUCUGCUCUUGAAUUUUUUCUACCAAUAUAAUCUUCCCCUCAUAUUCCUUUCAAGAUUUGAAGUAAAAGAUCAGGAUCUUAAUUUAUCCUCGUAGAUUGUUGCUAGCUGUUGCUUAAAGAUGAUGGUGGAUGAGAAAUUCUGUUUCAAAGAGGCAACGAACCUUACAGUUCAUAAGACCUCUGUGUUCUUCCCAGGAGAUGGUUUCAUCGUCUAUGAUCCUAACAGGGAAAUCAUCUUUCGGUUUGAUUCUUAUGGCCCUGAUUCUGAGCCUAAAGAUGAGCUUGUUCUCAUGGAUGCCGGUGGCAAGGGCCUCCUCACCCUUCGUCGAAAGAAGCCAAGUCUUCAUCAACGGUGGGAAGGCUUCUUAGGAGAGAGGGAGGAAGAUCAUCAAGAACCAGUUUUUAGUGUUUGCAGAUCUAGUAUCAUCGGACGGUCCAACUUGAUCGUACAGGUUUUUGGUGAUCCAGGUGAGGAGUACCAUAUCAGGGGUUCUUAUUCUCAGAGAUGCUGUACAAUUUUUAACACUUCCUCGGAGAAUUCAUCAAAAGAUCCGGUGGCUGUGAUCAAAAGAAAAGUGGACCCCUCAACUCAUGUGAUGCUUGGAAAGGAUGUCUUUUGGCUUUGUGUAAGGCCAGGGUUUGAUGGUGCUUUUGCAAUGGGAUUGGUUCUGGUUCUUGAUCAAAUGUACGGUGAUAAUGCUGAUGGUGAUGUGCAGGACGCAGACCCUACUUCCAAGGAUUUUUCCUUUUAACCCUUUUAUUUAAGGUUUCCUUAUAGAUAAAACUAAAUUACUGACUCGUGAUUUUUGCCAUACUGCGAGUUAAAUUUUUUGUUGAAUAUAAAAAAAUAUUUAGAUAUUAUUAUCA